AUGUCCGUUCGUUCCUUGGCCUUGUCGGCUACUACCAACGUUUUAUCAAGGGACUCUCGAAGAUUGCGGCCCACUUGUCCAAGCUUCAAUGCGAGGAUUGGUCGUUUGACUUCGGGGAGGAUGCGCGGGAAAUCAUUUUUGGCUCUCAAAGCCUCGCUAUUAUCUGCGGAGGUCUUGCGCAUAUACGACCCACUAUUGCCAAUGCACAUCACUACGGAUGCGUCCGGCUAUGGCAUCGGUGCCGUCCUCGAGCAACACGAUGACGUGGACUGGCACCCGGUCGAGUACUUCAGCAAGAAAGUGCCCGUCGUGCACUCCAUUGACGAUGAAUGGAAGGAGUUCCUCGCCUUCGUCCACGCGCUCAAGCGGUGGCGGCACUUCCUCCUUGGUCGAAGCCAAUUCCGAUGGGUAACGGACAACAAUCCGUUGGUCUUCUACAGGACCCAAGACACUGUCAAUAACACCAUCGCCCGUUGGAUGGCUUUCAUCGACCAAUUCGACUUCUUUCCCGAUCACAUUCCCGGGAAGUCGAACCGUUUUGCGGAUGCUCUUUCACAGCAUCCGGAUCAUUGUACCGCAAUCUACUCGACCUUCGAGAUCGACGACGAUCUGCGGGACAGCUUCAUCCGCGACUACCAAGCCGACCCCGAGUUUCGCAACAAGUACGCGAAUUGCUCCUCUCCUAAUUCGGUGCCUUCUCACUACCGGAUCCAAGAGGGGUACUUGCUUGUCCACACGCGGGGGAAGGACCUUCUUUGCGUACCGAGUGACUCUCACUUGUGUACAUUGCUUCUUGGCGAUUUCCACGAUGCUCCCGCCACCGGACACUUUGGAGUCAAUCACACGAUUGGCCGACUUCGCGAGCGAUUUUGGUGGUCCGGCCUUCUCGGCGACGUCACACGCUAUUGCGAGUCAUGCGAGACCGCACAGGUUCUCCUUCGCACUCUCAUCCGUCCUGACCAAAAGGAUUGGGUUGAGCGGCUGCCGGAUGUCGAGUUGGCAUACAACUCAGCCAUCCACCCGGUUAUUGGGAUGUCGCCCUUCGAGUUCGAGCACGGCUCACCGGUCACUUCGCCGUUGGACACAAUCAUUCCACGAAUGAUCAAGAGUGACGACCAUCUUUUUUUCUUGCGUCGGAUGCAAGAGCUACUUGUCAAGGCACGCGACCAGAUGGCCAGGACGCAGCAACGCAUGAGCCAACAGGCCAAUCGCCAGCGUCUUCCUUGCCCAUUCCGCGCCGGCGAUCUCGUUUGGGUUUCCACCACGGAAUUCAGCCUUGAACAAGAUAUAUCUCGCAAGCUCCUCCCGAAAUGGAUGGGGCCUUGGCCGAUCGUGGCACCCGCUGGGGAUGCACCCGAAGGACCAUCCUUCACCAUUCAGGUGCCCGCCCACUUGCCCGUCUACCCGGUCUUUCAUUGCUCCAAGUUGGCUCUUUACACGCCAGCGGAACAUGACGAUUUUCCUGGGCUACGAUCGCAAGACCCACCCUCUAUGGACGGUUUUCAAGAGGUCAGCGACAUCAUCUCCCAGCGGCGCUACGGCAACAGGCCAACCGAGUACUUGGUACACUUCGCGUACUGCAGUCACAGAGUUGACCGUUGGUUGACCCGUGCGGAACUCCAAGCAACAACUCUAGAUGUUCUCGCACGCUACGAACGCAAGAUGCAAGGCAAGCCGGUAUCUUCGGCUCCACGUCGCACCCGCAUCUACGUUCCACCUUCAGAUCGUCAGCUUCGCCCUCGCCCCGGUUUGACUUCAUAAGGAAAGGGGGGUGUUACAUUGAUGCGCCGGCAACAGGCUGCACAAGCCCCCUUUCAGGACCGUGACGUUUUCAGGCCAAAAGCCUGA